CUGAGUGAGCCGCAGCACCUCUCGCUGGAGUGUUAACUUUGGCGUACACUUGUCUCUUCAUAGCAUUCGCUUGCUUUAGUCAAAAUGCGUUUACCUUGUUUUAUGAUCUGUGCUGUGCUGACUGUGUGGCUCGUGGAGGGCAGCGAUGUGCUGGAGCUCGGAGAUUCUGACUUUGACCGGAGCGCAGGCAUGCAUGACACUCUGCUAGUGGAGUUCUUCGCACCUUGGUGUGGUCAUUGUCAACGACUCGCUCCAGAAUAUGAAGCUGCUGCCACUAAGUUGAAAGGGACGCUGGCUCUGGCAAAGGUUGACUGCACUGUGAACUCAGAGACCUGUGAGCGCUUUGGAGUGAAUGGAUAUCCCACCCUUAAAAUCUUCCGAAAUGGAGAGGAAUCUGGAGCUUAUGAUGGUCCAAGAACAGCAGAUGGCAUUGUGAGCUACAUGAAGAAGCAAGCGGGUCCAAGUUCUGUGGCUCUGCUCAAAGAGGCAGAUUUGGAUGGUUUUGUCGACAACUAUGAGGCCAGUGUGGUGGGCUUCUUCUCUGGGGAAGACAGUGCACAACUUGCAGAGUUUCUGAAGGCCUCUAGUGCCCUGAGGGACAGCUAUCGAUUCGCUCACUCCACUGAUGUGGGAGCAGGCCUGAAAUAUGGGGUGGAUGGAGAGUGUGUUCUGCUGUUUCGCCCUCCUCGCUUGAGCAGUAAAUUUGAGGACAAUGUGGUGAAAUACACUGAACAUCUUUCCGUUUCAUCGCUCCAUAAAUUCGUCAAAGACAACAUACUUGGUCUCUGUCCACAUAUGACCAUGGAAAACCGGGACACAGUAAGAGAAAGUGACCUGCUUACAGCAUUUUUCAAUGUAGAUUACUUACGGAAUCCCAAAGGCACAAACUACUGGAGGAAUAGAAUAAUGAAAGUGGCUACACAGUUCCAGGAUCGGGGUCUGACAUUUGCGGUGGCAGAUCGACAGGAGUUUCAAGAUGAGCUUGAGGAGGAGUUUGGUGUGAGUUCAUCUGAAGGUGGAGACGUUCCUCUCGUCACCAUCAGGACCAGAGCGGGACAGAAAUACUCCAUGCAGGAGGAAUUCACGCGAGAUGGCAAGUCCUUGGAGAAGUUUUUGGAGGAUUACUUUGCUAAAAGAUUGAAGCGAUAUGUGAAGUCUGAGCCUAUUCCGGAGUCCAACGAUGGCCCUGUCAAGGUCUUGGUUGCUGACACAUUUGAUGCAAUUGUGAAUGAUCCAGAGAAGGAUGUUUUGGUUGAGUUUUACGCUCCCUGGUGCGGCCAUUGCAAGAAUUUGGAGCCCAAAUACAAGGAGCUUGGAGAAAAGCUCUCUGGCAACCCAAACAUUGUCAUUGCUAAAAUGGACGCCACAGCUAAUGAUGUGCCUCCAAAUUAUGAUGUCCAAGGAUUUCCAACAAUUUAUUUUGUGCCUUCUGGACAAAAGGAUCAGCCACGUCGAUAUGAGGGCGGUCGCGAGGUUAAUGACUUCAUCACCUAUCUGAAGAAAGAAGCGACAAAUCCACUCAUCUUAGACGAUUCAAGAGAUGAACUGUAAACAAAUGUAAAGAUGCUGAGGGAGAUGGGAGGAGACAUGCACAAACCACUGAUCUUCAGUCAAAUGCGGCACUCAUACCUUUUCAAAACAUCAUCUGGGAUCAUCAAAAACAUGAACACAUGCAUCACUUAGUAGUCAAUACACUACUGGACACGUAAGGAAUGUAGUUUUACAAGCCUGUUACUUUACAAUCUGCAGCCUAGUGGCCACAGCAUUCUUUUAUUCUCUGUACUUAACUACAAAAUCCACUGUGUAUGCAAAAUAUGCUAUUUUCCUGUCUCUUUAUUGAAAGAGACUGUUUAAAGGUCACUUAUCACAUUCAAAUCACUAGCAUUCUUAAAGGCAUAGUUCACCAUUAACAUUUUAUCUUCAUUUACUCAUUUUUGUUAAACAGAUAUUUUGAAAAAUGUUGGAAACUGGUAAUUUUUUACUUCCAUAGUAGGUAAACCAAAUACGUUGAUGGUUACCAGUUUCCAACAUUUUUGCCAUCAAAAUAAUUUUUGUUUUCAACAAAAAAAAAAGAAAAAAAGAAACUCAAACAGGGUUGUGACAAGUGAACGUUAAGUAAAUAAUGUCAAAUUUUUCAAUUUAGGAUGAACUAUCCCUUUAAAAGUAUCAUAGACUUAAUUCUUUAUUUUACUGUAAGUAAAAGAAACACAAUUUUGAAAAUAAUUGCAUUUUACCACUCCCAUAGAGUAAACAGUCGAGUUUUUACCAUUUCUGAAUUCGUUUAGUUGAUCUCUGCGUCUGGAUAAAGCACGCUUAGCUUAGCAUAGAUCAAUUAAUCUUUUUUUUUUUUUGCAUUAAAAAAGAUAUUUACUACAGCAAAACUACAGAAGAGUGAAGUUUUAAAUUGGAUAGUUUGGUCAUUUUUAAGUAAGAUGCUACUGGUCUAAUCUGAUUCCAUGAUCUAUCCUAAGCUAAGCUAAAACUGAUCCUCCAUGACUCAAGAUUAGCUGGAUGGAUUUGAAAAUGUUAAAACUCAACUGUUUACCUCUAGGGGACUUGUAACUUCAAAAACAUUGAGUGUUCUUCUAAGAAGAUUGUACCUCAUUGGCGACAGCUGGUUUAAUUCACAAAAUGUUGCUGUGUUCGUAUGUUAGUCACAUCUGUUUUACAUCUCUUAGGCCUAUUGAUAUUUUACGCUUUGACUGUAUCGACAUUGUUAGAGAUUCUGUGAGUUGUUUGAAGACUGCGCUAACAGUCUGUGAAGAGUCGGGGUGACUGUUCUACCUCCUCAUGUCUGUCAUGUCAAAUCAAUUAACUGUAAGGGCUUGUCUUUGGUUCGCAUCCUCCAUCCAUACAUGUGAGGGCAUAAGCCGUUCAUAACUUCUGGCAGGCUAGUAAUCAUUUUAGAAGUUUGACACUUAUUUCAUGUGUUUGUGUUAUCAAAGAGGGGAGUGUUUUUGUUUGCAGACUCAAUAAAUAAAUCGACAGACAA